GUAUAUAAAAAUGUUUAAAUCAAUUUUGCGGCCAAUUAUCCGACAAAAUAAUAAUAACUACUACUCAUCGCUACUAAUUUUACGGCAGUUAUCCAGUAGUAGUAGUAGUAGUAGUAGUAGUAGUGGUCAGUCGUCACCGAAUCGUAUAGACAAUGUACUGGUCAUCGGAUCGGGUCUUAUGGGUUCGGGUAUUGCCCAGUCGUGCGCUACUUCGGGUAAAUUUCAAUCGAUAACACUGUACGACGUCAACGAUAAACAGCUCGGAAUCGCCAAGAAAUCUAUAGCCAAGAGUAUUGAAAAACUGUACGCAAAAGGAAAGGUCGACAUCGAGAGUGUGGACAGUGCUGUCAAUAGUAUAACAUUUUCCAACCGAACUGAUCCCAAAUCGACAGAUAAUCUGUUGAUAGUCGAAGCCGUUCCCGAACUAUUGGAUGUAAAACAGAAAAUAUUUGCCAAUCUAUACGAUCAGUUCAAAGAUAACCCGACGGUAAUCUAUGCGACCAAUACGUCAUCGUUGGCCGUCAAAGAUAUUGGUCUAUCCGUACCGGUUAAGGACCGAUACGCUGGACUACAUUUUUUCAAUCCGGUACCACUGAUGAAAUUAGUUGAAAUUGUCAAAUUGGUCGAUACUAGUGACCAGACCGUGGAAUCGUUGCGCCAGUUUGUAGCCGAUAUCGGCAAAGUUUCCGUCCAAUGUCGCGAUACUCCCGGUUUUAUUGUCAACCGAUUGCUGAUACCGUAUUCAUCGGAAGCGGUGAAAAUGAUGGAAAGAGGCGACGCCAGUGUCGAAGAUAUCGAUACGGCUAUGAAGUUGGGCGCCGGAUAUCCGAUGGGACCGUUCGAGUUGAUGGAUAUGACCGGUAUUGAUACGGGAAAGUUUGUUAGGGAUGCUUGGCUGGCCCGCAACGAUCCGUCAUUGAAUAUAGCGUCGUCCGAAUUGGUCGACAAAAUGGUAGCCGACGGCCGAUUGGGCAGAAAAACGGGUAAAGGUUGGUAUGAUUAUAGCAAAUAACUGUUUGUUUUUUUUUUAAUUAAUUAACUGCUUAUAACUAUUAAAAAAAUAUAUUAUUUUUGUAUUUUUUUUAAAUAAAAAUUUUGUAU